AUGGUCUUCAGCAGUCAACAGCUACACUACUCCGACUACUCUUCCUCAUCAUCCCCAGUGUCCGACUGCACCGGCACGCCUUCGUCGGCGGUGAAUAAUCACAGCCACCACCAGCUGGCGGCGGAGGUGCCGAAGAAGCGGACAGGGAGGAGGGUGUUCAGGGAGACGCGCCACCCGGUGUACCGAGGCGUGAGGAGCCGGAAAGGCGGCAAGUGGGUCUGCGAGCUCCGAGAGCCCGUCACCGGGACGCGCGUCUGGCUCGGAACCUACACAAACCCUGAAAUGGCGGCCCGAGCUCAUGACGUGGCAGCGCUGGCGUACCGCGGGAAGUCCGCCUGCCUCAACUUCGCCGACUCCGCCUGGCGCCUCCCGGUUCCGGCUACCACCGACCAGAUCGAAAUCAGGCGGGCGGCGGCCGAGGCAGCCGAGUUGUUUCGCCCCCGCUCCCCCGCGGCGGCGCCGGCGGCGGAUGAACGGGAUUAUAGUACAAGUGAGAAUGGUGGGACUGAUGACAGUGAUGUUGACGUGUUCAGUUAUGUGGAGGAGGUGGAACUGGUGCGGAUGCCGGAGUUGCUGCCGGAGAUGGUGGAAGGGCUGCUUAUUAUGUCGUCGCCGGUUAGCUACGGAGCCGAAAGCGACGGGUGGAGCUACGUGGAGAGCUGCGGUAAUGAUAAUAAUGAUGAUGCUGUUGCUGAUUAUGAUUGGUCGCUGUGGAAUUAUUAG